AGGAGGAUCAGAAGCCCUCUUCUGGCCGCAGCAGGGAGGAAACUCUUGGAGAUAAAUGAAUACACAAGAACAACAAGAGAGAAAGGGAGGGUGGGCACACGACAGCAGCCAUUGCAACUUGACUUGCAAGUAGGCAGUGCCCAUGGUAUUGGCUAGAAGCUGCCCAACUCCCUGGAGUUUCUGUCUAAAGGGAGAGGAUUGCUGUCUGUCGAAAGCCUGCUGGUAUCAGUACUUCACAGCCAGCAUUCACCAAAGCCCCUUCAGACUCAUCUGGAUGGAGGGACACACGGAAAUGGAGGUGCUAAGGACACUGAAGGGGUCUUCCACAGGGGAGGUCAGUGUGCACCUGAUGGCCAGAGACAGCGCAGGUCCCCGUCCUCACCUGCCUGCAACUGCCUUUAUUAUUCCUACCAACGCAACUACCCUUAGUCUGCCCAGCCCGGCUUCAGUGGUGUCCUAUCCCCGGGAGCCAGCCCAUGUGGGUGCCCUGGAGCGAGUGACUAACAGCGAACCAGUUACUGCCACCAUUCUGCCACAGCUAAGCACCGGGCCAGGGACCAAUAGCACAGUCAGGCUCCUGGAUUGGACAGGAGUUUGCACACCUUCAGCUGGGAGUGGCCUACGGUUCCGAAUAAGCGAAUAUGCGCCAUUGAACAUGAUGGGAGUACAGCGACCGCCAAGCCCGGAACGGCAGCGAGAAAGCCUGGUCGGACAUGAAGGUGGCUCUACAGGAGGUGAUACGGGCACCCAGUACCCUGAUGUCCGCCAGGACCCUCAAGAAGACACCUCUCAGGAACCCCCAGAAGACGCGAGCUCCGGUGAGUACCAGACUUUUGGGCCUCAACAAAGCACUGCUCCAGACCUUGGUUCUUCAGAUGACCACUGCCCUCUGCCUUUCCAGAAGCGGUCAGUCAUAGUAGAGAACUCGGGCUGUGCUGUCACUUCCGAGCUCCUGAAGCCCAUGAAGAAGAGGAAACAUAGGGAGUACCAGAGCCCAUCAGAGGAGUCAGAAACAGAGGCCAUGAAGCAAGAAGGAAAAGAUCCAGAGAGUCAGCCUACCACCAGCACCCCAGAGGGCGAAGAGUGGAGCCGAGGCCAGCUGGUGUCGGAGGAGAAGAAGGAAGGCUGGUCCUGGGAGUCCUACCUGGAGGAGCAGAAGGCUGUCACUGCCCCAGUCAGCCUCUUCCAGGAUUCCCAGGCAGUCGCCCCUGACAAGAAUGGCUUCAAACUGGGCAUGAAGCUGGAAGGCAUUGACCCUCAACACCCGUCCAUGUACUUCAUCCUCACCGUGGCAGAGGUGUGUGGCUACCGCCUGCGCCUGCACUUUGAUGGGUAUUCUGAGUGCCAUGACUUCUGGGUCAAUGCCAACUCCCCUGACAUUCAUCCUGCUGGUUGGUUUGAGAAGACUGGCCACAAGCUACAGCCUCCCAAAGGUUACAAGGAAGAGGAGUUCAGCUGGAGCCAGUACCUGCGCAGUACAAGAGCUCAGGCAGCCCCCAAGCACCUGUUCGUAAGCCAGAGCCAGAGUUCUUCCCCAGUGGGCUUCCAGGUGGGCAUGAAGCUGGAGGCUGUGGACCGCAUGAACCCAUCCCUCGUCUGUGUGGCCAGUGUGACCGAUGUGGUAGACGGCCGCUUCCUGGUGCACUUUGACAACUGGGAUGAUACUUAUGACUACUGGUGUGAUCCCAGCAGUCCCUACAUCCACCCAGUGGGCUGGUGCCAGAAGCAUGGAAAGCCGCUCACCCCUCCACAAGACUAUCCAGACCCUGAUAGCUUCUGCUGGGAGAAUUAUCUAGAAGAAACUGGGACCUCAGCUGUGCCCACUUGGGCCUUCAAAGUGAGACCCCCUCACAGCUUCCUGGUCAACAUGAAGCUGGAGGCUGUGGACCGCCGGAACCCAGCACUGAUUCGGGUAGCCAGCGUGGAAGAUGUGGAGGACCAUCGGAUAAAGCUCCACUUUGAUGGCUGGAGUCACAACUAUGACUUCUGGAUCGACGCCGACCACCCGGACAUCCACCCUGCAGGCUGGUGCUCCAAGACAGGACAUCCCCUGGAGCCUCCUCUCCGGCCCAGAGAAUCCAGCUCUGCCUCACCCGGGAGCUGUCCCACGCUCAGCCACAGGAGCCCGCCCCACACAAAGCCCUCCAAAUACAGCUUUCACCAGCGGAAGUGCCCCACUCCUGGCUGUGAUGGCUCUGGCCACGUUACAGGCAAGUUCACGGCUCACCACUGCCUCUCUGGCUGCCCGCUGGCCGAGAGGAACCAGAGUCGGCUGAAAGCGGAACUGGCCGACUCGGAGACGGCAGCCAGGAAGAAGAACCUGUCUAAUUUGUCCCCAAGGAAGAAGCCCCGCCAUCAUGGCCGGAUUGGACGUCCUCCAAAGUAUCGCAAGAGUCCGCAAGAAGAUUUUCAAGCCCUUCCUCCCAGUGUGGUGCACCAGUCCCUCUUCAUGUCCACCUUGGCCACCCACCCCGAUCGCUCAUUCUCUCUGUGCUGGGAGCAGCACUGCAAGCUCUUGCCAGGAGUGGCAGGGAUCUCAGCCUCCACGGUCUCCAAGUGGACCAUUGAAGAGGUCUUCGGCUUCGUUCUGACCUUGACGGGCUCUGAGGACCAAGCACGCCUCUUCAAAGAUGAGAUGAUUGACGGCGAGGCCUUCCUUUUGCUGACACAGGCGGACAUUGUGAAGAUCAUGAGUGUCAAGCUGGGCCCAGCCUUGAAGAUCUAUAAUGCCAUUCUCAUGUUCAAAAACACUGAUGACACCUUUAAGUGACUGGCCAGGUGGGACCUCCUCCUGCCCUUGCCAGGCUCUCUCCUCAGACGGUGCUCCUUUCCUGCACCCCUGUCCUCACGGUCUGACCAGGGCUGGCCCUUCCCAGAAGGUAUUUGGGAGCAGACGAGCCUGGGCAAGGGAGUCUUGGCCCUCGGUCCUGGAGCCCAUUUGUCUCCAGGUUGCCCCAGUGAUGGCGUGACUAAACUGAGGCCUGGCUGGUAGAGAGGAAUGCAGGUAUCCUGACACUGGGGCAGCCUGCAUCUUCGGUCCCCUUGGUUACUGUCUUAGGAGUUAGGAGGAGCUGGGUCCAGCAGCAUCCUCUACUCAGACCUGGGGCCUCCUCCCUUUCCACUGUUGGCUGUGUACCCUUCCUCCGCUGCCUGGUUCCUGGGCAGCCCCUGUCAUGGUCCAGCCAGACCCCAUGGUUCUUCUGUAGAUGUGUAAGUCUCAGAAAUAUGGGAGCUUCCCAUUGGGAGCCCCUGGCUGUCUUUCCCCUUUGCCUCUAGGCGGAGAUCCAGAGCCAAGGCACCUUCCUGGACAUGUUCCAUUGAGGACCACUCAGCCUUGGAGUGGCCAC